GAUAAGAGGAGGAGAAGGAGGAAGAGGAGGAGGAGGAAGCGGGCCAGCUCUUUGUCCCCUGCUGUUCCUGCUCUUGCUCUGAAAAGAAAGAACCCACGCUCAAGCGUCUGCUGGACACGUCAAAAAAAGAAAAGAAAAAAGAAUCAUCUGCCGGAGGAGCGAGCGGGGAUCGGAGGGGGCCGGGAGCAGCUGGGAUCGGGAUCCUCUCUCUUCCUUGCAUUGAUGGCUUCCCUGGGCUUGCCCGGACCCUCCUCCUACCACGACCUCUGCUGCUACGGGGCAGGAAUCGCAGGGAACAUCUUUGCCUUUGUGCUCUUCAUCUCCCCGCUCCCAACAUUCAGGAGGAUCGUCCGGAAUGGGUCGACGGAGCAGUUCUCGGCCACGCCCUACAUCUACUCGCUCCUCAACUGCCUCGUCUGCAUGUGGUACGCCCUCCCCUUCGUCUCCUACGGCGUCGUCCUGGUCGCCACCGUCAACACCAUCGGCGCCGCCUUCCAGCUUGCCUACACCGCCGUCUUCAUCGCCUACGCCGACGCCAAGAAAAGGCUCAAGGUGUCCGUGCUGCUGGCAGGGGUGUUCUGUGUGUUCGGCCUGAUUGUGUAUGUCAGUAUGGCGCUGUUUGAUCACAAGCCUCGGCGAACAUUCGUCGGCUAUCUCAGCGUGGCGUCCCUCAUAUUCAUGUUCGCAUCCCCUCUGUCCAUCAUUAAUUUGGUGAUCAGGACCAAGAGUGUGGAGUACAUGCCCUUUUAUUUGUCGCUAUCGAUGUCCCUGAUGAGCAUGUCGUUUUUCGCAUACGGGGUGCUUCUGGAUGACUUCUUCAUAUACGUUCCCAAUGGCAUCGGCACAGUCCUAGGUGUCAUACAGUUGUUGUUAUAUGCCUACUACAGUAGAAAGGGAUCGAGAGACGAAGCCAGACGGCCAUUACUAGUCACACAUACAUGAGCAUGCAAGACAAGAAGGUUGAGUUUGAAAAGCUAUUUACUGUUAUAUGCGGCUUUCCCAUUUCUCGUUGAGUUUCCUGAUCAUGGUUUGCCUCUCCAUCACACGUUUAAAGCGCCAUUUCAAUGGUUUGUGCAAACUUUGGUGUCUCGUUUGAAUUGUGUGUCACAUUCGUUAAACAAACAUGGAGGGCCUAUGGUGGAUGGAUAAUAGCUCCAGCUCUGUUGCCACCUGCCAUAAUAUCUGUUCCCUUUAUCUGAAAGCAAGAACAACAAUAGAGUAGUUGUCUGUACAGGUAAGCAAGACUUGUAAUGUUUGCCAAGUUCAAGAGUGAAGAUCUCUAACAAGUUCUAUUUUAAUAUAAUCCAAGAGUAAGAAAACUUGCGAAGCAAUAUAUGUUUGUUGUAAGAAAUGGUGUCUUGCAACAAAAGGAGGCCAGGUCAAAGCUGAUUUAGCCAAGGAAGGUUAGGAAGCGUCAACUUCUUGUGCCAACAAA